CACAGCUAGGUCAGAGGGAGGAAAAGAGUGUGUAUGUGUAUAAAAUAAAAACUCAUCUGAAAGAAUGACAUUCACUUGAAACAUCAAGACAAAGCAGUGGUUCUGGAUAGCUUUGCCAGUCCAUUUUAAAAGCCACAUAAGCUGUCCUUUCCCUAGCAAAACCCCACUGGGGAGCCAGUGCACAGAGAGCAAAGCCCCUCAGCUGGGCUGCCUGCUUCCCCAGCUGCUGCUGCUGCUGGCACAGGAUGUCUUCAGAGCCUGUGCCAGGUGCUGACACUGGCAGGAGAGGCCUGAAGAAGCCACAUCCGUUCAGCAUCGAGGACAUCCUCUCCAGCCCCGUGGAGAAGAGCCCCCAGGUCUUGGUGCCACUGUGCCUGCAGAGCAUCUUGGACUGCACACCCAGGCGGCUGUGUGAGCUGGAGACCAUCCCAGCCAGCUCCCUGCAGGAGGAGGAGGAGGAAGAGGAGGAAGAGCUGGAAGGGGCAGGCUGCAACUGCUGCUGCUGCUCUCACACGAGUGCCCGUUCCCUGCAGGAGCUGCCGGGUUGGCUGGAAGCCCGGUUCCCCUGGCCCAUGCGGCUCUUCCACCCAGCGGUCAGGGUCUGUAAGAGCUCCCAGGAGAAGUCGAGCGAGCUGCAGAGCUUCCAGCAGAUCCAGCGCCGCACACGCCGGCACCGCACCAUAUUCACCGAGGAGCAGCUGCAGGCUCUGGAGACGCUUUUCCACCAGAACCAGUACCCAGACGUGGUCACCCGCGAGCACCUGGCAAACCGCAUUCACCUGAAGGAGGAGAGGGUAGAGGUUUGGUUUAAAAAUCGUCGGGCCAAGUGGCGGCAUCAGAAGAGGGCGACUGCCUCAGCCCUGAUCCUCCAGCCCAAGCAGCCCCCCAAGGAGAGCUGUUAG